AUGGGUUCUAUCGGCCUGCUUACUUCCAUCAAAGGCCCGACCCUCGUUUCCCUUGUGGAAGACAUCCGCUCGGCCGCAAUCAUAGACACUAGCUCCUCGCAGUCACCACAAAGCCACCACCACCUCCUAACCCUUAUCGACAGAUUACGUCUCGCCGCAGAGACGCCCGCCGAGACGGCCCGUCGACUGAUGUACCAGCCCCCUCAGAACGCAACAAUCCGGGCCCUAAUAGACCUGGGUGUCUUUGAACUGCUUGUAAAGAAUGCAAGGGAUGGCCGCAAUCACGGACUCUCAGCAUCAGAGCUGUCUGUGCGGACAAAUGCGGAGAGUGAUCUUAUCGCCCGCUUGAUGCGCGUCGCUACCAGCCUGGGGCUCUGCGACUCCAACCUCAACCCCGAAUGCGCCGAGCCAGAAACAAUAUAUAGCGCGAACAGCAAAACGGAGAUCAUGACGAAGCCGCUUGGGCGGGACGGCCUUCGUUGCUUAUACGACUUGACAAUGCCCACCCUCUCCGUGCUCCCCUCAUACUUGGCACAGAACGCCUAUAUGAUGCCAACAGAUUACGACGCCUCACCGAUGCGCUGGGCAACAGGGCAGAGCCAGUUCGAGUGGCUGGAAGAGAGACCGGGCCAGCAGGCACGGUUUAAUGCGCUGAUGGCUAGUAGACGGGAGGGGCAAGCGCGGUGGUUCGAUAUUUAUCCUGUCGAGAGGCUUCUGCGUUCUAUUCCUUCAUUUGAAGACGGAGCUGCCAAAAAAGACGAGAACGUGUUCAUGAUUGAUAUCGGCGGAAACGAAGGCCAUGAUCUGCUGUGGUUCCUUGAGCGGUACCCGUACUUCCGGGGAAGGUUGAUAUUGCAGGAUUUACCCACUGUGGUAGCAAGGAACGAGAUUCAGCUCGAGAGGAAGGGAAUUGAAGUGAUGGGAUAUAGCUUUUUCGAUCAGCAGCCUGUUAAAGGUACAUCCACCCUCUUCCAGUACACCAUUCUUUCACUAGUCUCCAAGGCUGACUGCACGCAGGGGCACUCAUCUACUACUUCCGCUCCAUCUUCCACGACUGGCCGGACAGCGUGUGUGCAGAUCCUGCAGAAUACAAUUUGCGCCAUGGGUCCGGAUUCACGGAUUCUCAUCGUCGACUUUGUCCUGCCCGACAUGGACACCCCCCUUUUUCAAGCAUCCCUGGAUAUCCAGAUGAUGUGCCUCGGGUCGGGCGUAGAGCGGUCGAGAAGCGAGUGGGCCAACUUACUUCGGAAGGUUGGGUUGGAAAUAAGGGGUGUUUGGAGUGUGAGUCCGACGCAGGAGAGUGUUCUUGAAGUUGGACGGGUGAGGGAUGUUAAUGGCAAUGGGAGUUGA